AAAGGUCCCGCGGCGCCCGGAUGGAGGCGGCGCCGCUCCGCUAUAUAAGCGCCCGCUGCCGCCGCGCCCGCCUCUCCGCGCCGCCGCCUCCUGGCUCACCGCUGUUCGCUGGGCCCCGCGCCGCCCGAGCCCGGGAAUAAGUCGGUCAGGAAGGCCCCGCUGCCGGCAUGGCGUUUAAGGAUACUGGCAAAGCACCUGUGGAACAAGAGGUGGCGAUUCAUCGCAUUAGAAUCACUUUGACAAGUCGCAAUGUAAAAUCACUGGAGAAGGUCUGUGCUGACCUGAUCAGAGGUGCUAAGGAAAAAAACCUGAAGGUGAAGGGACCUGUUCGCAUGCCCACCAAGACCCUGCGGAUCACUACCAGGAAGACUCCUUGUGGUGAGGGUUCCAAGACCUGGGAUCGCUUCCAAAUGCGUAUCCACAAGCGGCUCAUCGACCUGCACAGCCCUUCGGAGAUCGUGAAGCAGAUCACCUCCAUCAGCAUCGAGCCAGGCGUAGAAGUUGAAGUUACUAUUGCCGAUGCCUAAACCAUGGUCAUCCUUGAAUAAAGUUGAUUUACAAAUUUUCA